AUGCCGCAGGACAUGCCGCCGACGGGCGGGUACCAGCCCGUGCAGUACAAGCGCAACCUGCCGGCGCGCGGCUUCCGGCCCGCGGCGUACCUCGCCGUCAUGGGCGGCGUCAUGGCGUACGGCUUCUGGCGCGUGGGCCAGGGCAUCCGCGAGCACAACGAGCUGGCGCGCGAGAAGAUGUGGGCCCGCAUCCACCUGAUCCCGCUGCUGCAGGCCGAGGAGGACCGCGACCAGGUCCGCCGCCACCUCGCGAACCAGGCCCGCGAGAAGGAGCUGCUGGGCGCCGAGACCAAGGUGUACAAUAGCGAUAGGUUCGUGCGGCCGCACUUCGCCCCUACGCCUAGGGAGGUCAACUAG